AGGAGAGGGAGGGCCCGACACGGUCGACACAACAUGAUGGCCGCAGCUUCUCUCUGGUCUUUCAUGCUCACUUUGUCACAUUCAUCGGAAUACUUCUAGAGAUCCCGCGACAGGCUUGCUUUUUUUGGGGGGUUAAAUAUAAAUAUAUAUUGUUUUACUUUAUUGUGCCUCGUCGUUGUAUAGUUUUUUUUAACCCUUUUUCUUUUAUUUGUGUGCCCUCUGACUGUAUGAUUUUUUGGGAUUUUUUUUUUCAUUUUUUAAUCAGGACACUCAAUCAUGUUGCUACUGCUGCUAGUAUACUUACUACGACUACAAUCUUCACUGCAACUACAGACGCAGCCCCCCGGCCGCUGUGAUAUCUCACAGAGGGUUGACAUGUACACAGUGUGCACGUCCUGCGCGGCGGUGACCAGCAGUCUGUGCCCGCGCGGCUUCACCAACAGCGGUGUCAGGAACUGCAGCUACAUGGUCCAGAUCGGCGGCAAUAAAGUCUUACUGGACGGAUGCCACCGCCUUUGUGUUAAGAGCUUCAUGCAGCCACGAUGCUGCCCGCAGUACUGGGGGCCGCUUUGUCUCCCCUGUCCCAGCUGGUCAGGGAAGACCUGCAACUUCCACGGAACCUGCAUGGAUGGAGACCUCGGCAAUGGGACCUGCGUCUGUGACGAAGGCUUCAGUGGGUUUGCGUGCCAGACGUGUAGCAAGGAGAAUACUUUUGGCAGCAACUGUGACAAAGCGUGCGACUGCGAGCACGGUGGGUGCGAGCAAGGCCCUGAGGGCAGCGGCCAGUGCUUCUGUCAGCCGCCGUACGCGGGGAAGCGAUGUGACCAAGUGAACAGCCGUUGCAACUCAUGCGGCGCAUACUCAUACUGCGAAGGAGAAGGAGACGCCGCCACGUGCCAAUGUUUGCCAGGAUACAGGAAGUCGCAGAACAACAAAUGCGCAAGCAUGUGCAUGUCGAGCAGCUGCGACGUCAACGCUCAGUGCUCCACGCAGGGGUCAAAGGUCAGCUGCGCCUGCAAGGCCGAUUUUGAGGGUGACGGCCGCGUCUGCGUACCCAAAAAUCCUUGCGCCGUCAACAACGGCGGCUGUCCCCUCAACAGCACCGUCUGCGUCUUUAAGGGGCCCAACAAGGCGGCCUGCGAGUGCAUGUCCGGCAUGGCUCCGGUGGGGGCCAGCCCCAAGUCGGGCUGCCGGCUGCUUUCGUCCUGCUCGGCGGGCACCUGCCACUCGUCGGCCGUUUGUGAAACUGGACUGGAUGGAAAUGCCAGGUGUGUGUGCAUGCCGGGUGAGAUCGGCGAUGGGCGCCGUUGCUAUGGUAACAUCCUGGAUCGUCUGCAGGACCUGAACCGCUAUGGAGUACAGAAAAACAAACUCAUGGGGGCCUUUGACCUCUUUGUCAAAGGUUGCCUAUCGCUGAUGACUCACGGACCGUUCACGGCUUUCGUCCCUCAGAUCCAAACGGCUCCGAGCUCUGUGAACGAGGAGAAGGUGUGUCGCGACCACCUGAUCCUGGGUCAGCACCUGCUGCGGGACAUGGCAGACGGCCGACAGUUCAACAUGUACGGAGGCGCCAAAAUGAAGUGCAAAGACAACAAGCGUUUCAUCAUGCUGCACGAUCCCACGCGGAUGUAUGCCAUCGUCCAGGCCGACCUGCCGGCCGCCAACGGCGUCAUCCACAUCAUCGACCGGCCAAUCAUGACGACCCCUGACAACCUGCCUGCUCCUGCUCCUCUUCCUCAUUCCGCAUCGUUUGCAACAUUGAACGUCGGGGAGGUUGUGAGAAAAGAGCCCGCCUUCAACCGCUUCCUGUCACUCGUUGAUAAUUGCGGCGCGAUGCUGCCCCUGAAUGGCCCGGGCCCUCUGACCGUCUUCAUCCCCAGUAACCAGGCCGUGGACAACGCCAGAGACGGCAGCAUCCUCUACAUGCUCAAUGAUGCCAAACCCAAACUUCAAGAACUUCUCCGGAACCACAUUUAUAUAAAGGGCAGCCUGACGUCCGACGACCUGAUGGCUCUUCCGCAUAUCGAGACGAUGGCCAAUCAGCUGCUGACCAUCUCCACGUCCUCUGAGGGUGACCUCCUGCUGGGCAGUCAGGGCGUGCGCGUGCUGUCACCCAACAACCGAGUGUUCAACGGUAUCAUCCACUUGAUUGAUGGCCUCCUCUACCCGUCCACCAUCCUGCCCAUCAUGCCGCACAGAUGUGAUGACGUCAAAAGCGUAAUCACACAAGGUCCGUGUGUUCACUGUAGUUACCUGUUUGAGACAUCCUGUCCGGUUGGCAGCACUGAACUGGACACUCACCUGAUCGGCUGCGACUACACGCCGUCCCCUCUGCAUCGGUCGCCGAGCAAAGGCUGUGCCAAGAACUGCAACGUCACCACACGGACGGCCAAGUGCUGCAAAGGUUUCUUCGGGCCUGACUGCAAGCCAUGCAUCGGUGGCUUCCAGCAUCCCUGUUACGACAAAGGAACGUGCUUCGACGGUAUCGGCGGGAACGGGUCUUGCAGCUGUCAAUCACCCUUUGAGGGCGUGGCCUGCCACAUUUGCUCCGACCCGUCCAAACAUGGAGAGCACUGCGAUGAAGAAUGUCACUGCGUCCACGGCGUAUGCGACAACCGACCGGGCAGUGGCGGUGUGUGUCGGCGCGGCUCGUGUCUGGAAGGUUUCUCCGGGGAGCGUUGCGAUAAAGCAGCCACGCCGUGCAACGCCGAUGGCCUGAUGGAACACUGCCACAUCAACGCGUAUUGCACGCACAACGGCCUGCAAAUUACGUGUGUUUGUCGGGACGGCUACGAGGGCGACGGCCACUCAUGCACAGCCAUCAACCGCUGUCUGAAGAGCAACAGAGGAGGCUGCCACGCCAAUGCCGAGUGUGUGUAUGUGUCUCCGGGCAACGUCUCGUGCGUGUGCGUGGAAGGUUGGACGGGUGACGGGCGCGUAUGCGUGGAGGUCAACAACUGCCAGACGGACGCGCGAGGAGGCUGCAGCCCAAACGCAGAUUGCAACCACAUUGGACCCGGACAGAGUGAGUGCGUGUGCAAAACAGGUUACACGGGGAAUGGUGUGGAUUGUGACUUAGUUAAUCCCUGCUUCAUCAAAAAUGGAGGCUGCCAUGAACUGGCAAGGUGUGAGCAGACGGAGGGCGGCAACCUCACGUGCACGUGUCCUGACGGCUACGAAGGAGACGGAACCAUCUGCUAUGGAACCUUAAUGGAGGAGCUGGACAUGAACCCAAUACUGAACGCCUUCUACUUCAUGAUCCAUAGGUACCCUAAUGCCGCCGAGGACUUGAGCGGUAACCUGACCGUGCUGGUCCCGGUUAGAGGGGCCAUGCGCAACAUGAGCGAGGCCGAUGUGACAUUCUGGAACACAAGACACCGCCUCCCGCAUUUCCUGCGGGCUCACUUCCUGCCAGGCAUUUACUCCAUGGAAGACAUGGAGGGGAUGAUUGGCCGCAAGCUGGCCUCCAUGAACACGCUCACCCAAUGGGAGAUCACGAACAGCAGCAAGGGAAUUCUCAUUGGCGGCGCCGCCGUCAUCACCCGGAACCAGCCGGCCAUCAACGGCUACUUCCACGUCAUCGACAAGGUUUUAUCCCCGUCCCGUUCGAACCUCCCGCCCGAGCCUCCCACCCUGACGGCCUUCCUGGAGUCAUCGCCUAACUUCAGUCUGUUCCGUCAGUCCGCUCUGAUGUACAACCUUUCCGAGGAAGUCAAUCAGCUGGAGUUCACCCUUCUGCUACCCACCGACGACGCCAUCCGCCAGUACCUCAGCGACAGCAACUCCACCCAGCUGGACGCCGACGUGUUCAAGUAUCAUGUGAUUCCCAGACAGCUGCUCUUUCCCGAUCGUCUGUAUGACGGUAUGCUCAAGAGCACGCUGCUGGGCGCCGACUACCAGGUCCAAUUCCAUCUGGACUCUAACAACCGGACGCUGGUGAACGACGUCCCACUGGACGGCGCCUUCACCGAGACGCAGUAUGGCAUCGUCAUGGUCGUCCCGCGCGUGCUCACCGUGCGGCGCAACAGAUGCAGCCAGGAGAUCACCGUGCAAGUCAACGGCCGGUGUACCGCCUGUGACGGAGUCCCCCGCUGCCUAAACAGAUACCAGCCGAUCGUAAUGCAGUUCCCGGAGAACAUGAAGCCCAACUGUCGAUACAGAAAGCGCGUGGGGUCCCGCAGGAAGUCCGUGCUCGGCUGCGUGAUAAAAUGUCUGCAGAUUGCCAAGCAUCAGUCGUGUUGCCCUGGUUACUACGGUUCUGAGUGCUUCAAAUGCCCCGGAGACGUCGGCAGCUGGUGUUCCAAUCACGGCCAGUGUCAGGACGGUCUCCGUGGCAAUGGGGAGUGCCGCUGCUACGAGGGUUUCCAUGGCACCGCCUGCGAGGACUGCGAGCCGGGACGCUACGGCGUCAACUGCACUUCCAAGUGCACGUGUGACCACGGGAAAUGUGACGACGGCUUGUCAGGAAGCGGCAAGUGUGCUUGUCACAAAGGCUGGAAGGGAGCAUCGUGCUCCAUUGAGAUCAAGGACGACGCCUGCGGAGGAGUUUGUGAUGAGAACGCCAACUGCAUCACGGGGCCGCAGGGAAGCGCCCCCGCCUGCGUGUGCGUCGCCGGCUACAAGGGCAAUGGCACCGUCUGCAAAGAGGUGGACCUGUGCAGCCUUUCCAACGGCGGCUGCUCGCCAUUCGCCACCUGCGCCAAAGUGUCGGCGGGCGUGCGUACCUGCACCUGCAACACCGGCUACACGGGCGACGGCGUGGUCUGCCUGGAGGUCGACGGCUGCCUGGUCAACAACGGAGGCUGCCACAAGUCGGCCAACUGCAUCAGAACAGGAGCCGACACCGUGGCAUGCAGGUGUCAGAUGGGCUUCCAAGGGAACGGCAGGUUCUGUUACCCCAGCAACCCCUGCAGAACCAACAAUGGCGGCUGCAGCAAAUAUGCCCGCUGCGAGUAUUUGGGUCUGGGCCAGAGGAACUGCUCCUGCCUCCGAGACCACGUGGGCGACGGCUUCGAUUGCCGCGGCACCACCAACGCUGAGGUGUUUCGAAGCCCAGAAAACGCGUUGCUCCGUUACAUGCUGUCUAAGUCAGAUGCUCGUAGUCUUCUGUACGGCGACGGGCCGUUCACCGUCUUCGUCCCCGUCGACAACAACGAAUCGUAUUCCACUGUUCAAGAGUGGAAGUUGUUCGGGCGUCUAAAUGAUCUGGUGCGGUACCACGUCGUUGCCUGUGAGAAGUUGACUUUGAACGACCUUCAAAGCACCCAGCAGGCUGUCUCCACGUCCGGAUACACGCUGAAAUUUAGUCUGCAGCAGGGCUCGGUGUGGAUCAACAGCGCCUCUCGGAUCGUCAAAAGCGACUACGAGACAUUCAACGGCGUCAUCCACUACAUCAGCAACAUGCUCACUCCCUACAAGCUAAGCAGCAAACAGCGCAUCGACAAGAUGAACUUCACGGCGGCCGCUCAAUUUUAUGGCUACGGCAGUUUCUACAAGUUAAUCGAGCGCGCCGGCCUGCUUCCGGUGCUGCAGUCAUCCAUCCACCGUCCCUUCACGAUAUUCUGGCCCACCGACCGGGCCCUCAGCUCGCUGCCCCCCGAAAGGCAGCGCUGGCUCUCCAGUCCCGACCACCAGGAGGAGCUGGCCGCCACCGUCAAAGCGCACAUCAUACGCAGUGCCAGGGUUCUGGGUGUCGGUCAGCCAAAUAAAUACUCAUCCUUACGCACCAUGCAUGGAUCAAGAAUCAAGUACAGCUGUGACAAAACCCUGGUGGGCGACAUAUUGAUCAAUGAAAACGCAGCCAAGGUGGUGGAGCGCUACCUGAGCUUCGACGAGGGCGUCGCCUACGGCAUCGACCAGCUCCUGGAGCCGCCCGGUUUGGGGGCGUACUGCGACAGCAUCGAGAACAGAACCACCUAUGGCCGCUGUGGCCGCUGUCUCUUCCCUCCACCCUGCCCCUUCCGACACCAGGACAUGGGCCGUGUGGAGAGCUGCCUUAGAAGUCGCAGCAGGUACUCGCUGGGCUACCUGCGCUGGUCCGACCACCUGCAAAGCCCCCUGGACCCGCUCCGGAACUUCGGUUGCAAGCGAGUGUGCAGCUUCCCGGGCUGGGUCCAGAAGUGCUGCAAAAACCACUACGGCAGAGACUGUCAGGUGUGUCCAGGUGGCGUGGAGUCUCCGUGCGGCGGCCACGGCGAGUGUAGCGACGGCCUACGUGGGACAGGAAAGUGCAAUUGUCCCACCGGCUUCCAAGGAGACGCGUGCGAGAUGUGCACGCCGGGACGUUACGGCGCCAACUGCACAGCGUGCGAGUGUGGUAAACAGGGAAUUUGCGAUGAGGGCAUGGACGGAUCGGGCCAGUGCGUGUGUCGGCCAGGCUGGAAGGGCGAGCGCUGCGAAAUCGACUUGGGUUCCAUCCCCGAGGAGUGCCAUCCAUGUCACACUCAGGCCGAUUGUCUUCCAGAGGUGGGUUGCCAGUGCAAACCUGGUUUUCAGGGCAACGGCACUUUCUGCGCUCCUGAGCCACCUCCGGAUCUAUGCGGCGAGUAUAACGGCGGCUGUCACCAGGACGCCAACUGCACCCAGAUGGGACUGCGGGUCAACUGUACCUGUCGUAGCGGUUACCAGGGUGACGGCCACUCCUGUGACCCCAUUAACAGGUGUGUGGAGGAGACAAACGGCGGCUGCAGCGACUUUGCAUCCUGCAAAUUUACUGGCCCGAACGAGCGGGAAUGCGAGUGCUUGCCGGGAUACGUGGGCAAUGGGAUUCAGUGCCUGGAGAAAGUGGUGCCCCCUGUUGACCGUUGCCUGGAGGACAAUGGCGGCUGCAGUCCCUUGGCAUCCUGCAAGGACUUGCAUUACCACGCUAAUACGGCGGGAGUGUUUCACGUCCGUUCGCCGCAAGGGAAGUACAAGAUGAAUUUCAGUCAAGCGGACGCCGCCUGCCAGGCCGAGGGGGGCGUGCUGGCCAACCUCAAACAGCUGGGGGACGCACAACAGCUGGGGAUGCACCUGUGCGUGGCCGGCUGGUUAGAGGGCGGCAAGGUAGGCUACCCCACGCGCUUCCCGAGCAUGAGGUGCGGCGAAAACCACGUGGGCGUGGUCCUCUACAAGGAUCCCGUGGACCAGAGCAGCACGUACGACGCCUACUGCUACAGACUCUCAGACGUCGAUUGCAAGUGCACGGACGGCUUCGAUGGGGACGGCAUCUUGUGCAACGGCCUCCUGAUUAACGUCCUGGGGUCUUACAGCAACUUUAGCGUCUUUUACAAGUCCUUGUUGGACUACAGCAGUUUGUCCGCACAGGGCCAGCGUCUGGUCGACGUUUUGACUCAGAGGCAGUCGGAGGUGACGCUAUUUGUGCCCCACGAUGACGGAUUCACCCCCGGCCAAGUGCUCUCGGGUCGAGAUGUGGAGUAUCACAUCUCCACCAAUCACGUCAGACGAACAUUUAAGGAGCUGCGACACCAAGACGUCAUCCCGUCCAUGCUUGGCUUCGACCUUUCUGUUACCCAUGGCAACAAUGAGAGUCGUAAACUGGUCAACCAGCGCCUCCUCCUGGCCUGGGACAUCUCGGCGGUCAACGGGAUCAUUCACGUGAUCGACGCGCCGCUCACGGCUCCGGCAGCUCAGGCUCCCCACCACGCUUCACGCGGCCACGCCCACUCCAGCGGCACCGUGUCGGCCAUCUUGGUGUCGCUGCUGCUGACCGGAGUGGCGGCAGGGAUCGGAUACUACGUCUUCAAACACAAGACGGACGCCUUCAGAUUUCAGUACUUCAAAAAUGACGACGAGGACAAUCCGUCGGGUGGCCCAUCCAAACCCGCCCUGGUUUCCAUCCCCAAUCCUUUGUACAGCGGCUCCAGAGCCUUCGCCGAACCUUUUGGGGAGACCGGUCAGGGGGCGGAGUCGACAGAACCCGAGGAACCGCCAAAGAUCUUGGACCUGGACCAGUAAAAGAUCUUGUUUGCUCGCCGGUUGACUUUUUUUUUUUUUUUUUUUAAUCCCCAUUUCUCCUGUAUCCAAAAAUCAAAGCUGUCGCGCAUCAGGAAGACAAAGUGAUUGUCAAUAAAGGUUUUGCACUAAUCGUUUUCUACCAA